CCAUUGAAUCACCGAUUUGAUGUUGGUAUCUGCGAAUGUUACUGUGGGGAAAUUUCUGUGUUUAGUAUCGCUGUACAACCUGGAGAAUUAGUAUCGUCGUUCUUUACGAUUGGCAUGGCGGAGUAGAAGUUAUGUGGAUGUUGAACUGAGUUCAUACCACGGAGUUAUGGGGAAUACUGUGUCUUCUGCUGAAAUAGCAGCAGCACAAAUUGUUGGUUAUACUGAAAGAGAAUUUACACACAGUCGACCCCGUGGUGGGAAACCACUAUAUGAAUGCCCCAGGCAUAGGCAAGAAGUAAAGGUAAUGACAUCUGGAUGCCCAAUAGCUGGAAACGAUGAUUUUAAUCCAUUGAAUAUGAUGCCCCCACCAAAUCAGCUUCCAGCUCCGGAUCAACCAUUUCCCCUUCCGACUGAGCGGCAGAUGUCGUCUAUUCCCAAAUCUGGUGACAAGAAUGAGUUCUGGGUUUAUCCGUCUCAGCAGAUGUUCUGGAAUGCGAUGCUUCGUAAAGGAUGGCGUUGGAAGGACGAGGACAUUGAACCAGAGGUUAUGGGUCAUAUUAUUCAGAUACAUAAUGCAAAUAAUGAACAGGCUUGGCAGGAGAUUUUGAAAUGGGAAGCACUUCAUGCCAGAGAAUGCGGUUACCCAAAAUUGAAGAGCUUUGCUGGCCGUGCAAAGGAUUAUUCUCCCCGUGCACGGAUCAGGUAUUGGAUGGGAUAUGAACUUCCAUUUGAUCGUCAUGACUGGAUCAUUGAUCGCUGUGGAAAAGAAGUUCGCUAUGUUAUUGAUUACUACGAUGGUGGCCCGGUGAAACCCGGAAGUUACCAGUUUGCGUUGUUGGACGUUCGUCCAGCCAUGGAUUCUGUGGAGAAUAUCUGGGAUCGCAUGAGAGUGGCAUAUUGGCGCUGGGUCUACAGUAACGAUAUAAGUUAGAUGCCUCAAAGUGUUAGAGGUUAGAAAUGCCUCUUUAUUUCGUUAGGUUGUUUUAUCUUGUACUAUAAAGUGUCUCAUUUAAGUAUCAUGUUAAUAGUAAAUACUUAGCAGAAAUAAUUGAUAAUUGCCUUAUUAUGAAGUUGAGACAUUAUCAGUUUUCAUACGCAUCAUUAUUAUGUUUUGUUCCAAUUUAUUAUGGAAUAAAAUUUUUAUAUAUUAUAUUAAUUUCUGUGAUCGCGUCUCGUGCUAACUAGACGUUCAUAAAACAUUGACUUUAUUUAAUUACGAUUCUCAGUAUGUUUUCAGCUGUGAGUUUUUUGACGCGGCACGCUCGAGGCUUCUGACGUCGGUGCAGAACGGCUUUAACGUUUGAGCAGGGUUUUUCUUGUGCUUCGUAUUCGCACGUCGUACCGGCAUCUUUCAUUCAUAAGACGAAAUGUAAAAAGUCAUUCUCUACCUUUAUGAAAUCGUCCCGAGUACAUUAAUAUAUUAUGAUAUUAAAUUUUAUUUAUUUUUUUCUGAAAUGAGUGUUGUAUUUCUGUGUUUUAAAUUUCUGUAUUUUAAUGAAAAUAUUUUGAAAUGAAUCCCUUUUCCCCUUGACUGACCAUCACUGCCAUCUGUAAUAUAUGUAAUUAAUAAAUGAAUUAAUUCAAUAGUA